CACUUUGCCUGUGGUUUAUGACCACGUAAUAAAGACUCGCUUGAUAAGUAGGUAACUGACAACUUGCUACUUUGGAACAAUCAUUUGACAUUCAAUAAAAGCGUACGAUUUUUACUAAAGACGUAUUAGUUGAUUAACUGGUAGCAGGGCAGACAAACAACAUUGUACUGUUGGACGAUAUGUUAAUCGAUAGAUAUUAAAUGUUAAUCAUUUCUGUCACGUGAUAAAUUAUUAAGGAAACGCAAUAAAUUUCAGAGAACCUAAAAUGUCAAUAGACAGAAUGACGCUACAAAAAUUUCUUGUUUCAUGAUAAACAUUGUCUUUUUAUGCUUUUCCAGUUUUCAUUUACACUUGACAUAACAGAUUUAACAUUCAUAUGUAUCUGUGCACCUACAUUUAUCAAAUAUGGAAUUAGUGAAGCGAGAGAAGAGAAAGGAAAUUAAACAAUUAAGUAUAGACCAUGACAUACCAGAGGCUCCAACGUUGGAUGAAUUCGUAUGCUUGCUUGGAGAAUCUCCUACACAUUAUCCCAAGGGUGAAGGCAUUGAGAAUAUGGAAAGUGAAUUACACUUUGCCGCAAUUGACUCAGAAAUAUAUGACCAAGAAAAUGCUUUGCAGAAUGCAGAAUGUAAUUUACAAGUAGUCAUUAGUGAGGAUGAAAUUAAUGCUUCAGCACCAUUGGAAGAUAAUGCAGAUGAAGAGGUGGAAGAAGUUAAGACAUCGAUGUAUACAGUGAAGUUAGAAAGUACAUCUGACUCUCAAGUGGAUAAUAAUGAAGCCUCAACAUCCAAUUUAUCAAAUUCUCUACCGAAUACAUCGAAUUUAAAAAAUGUUGAAUGUGACAAGAAAACAGAAGAGAAGACAGAAUCAUCAACAGAUAUUGUGGAUGGUGCAUGUAUCACUUUGAAGGAAGUUAAACCAUUUACAGCAAGCCAGUUAGCAUCAUUAUACGAUAACCAGGAAUUAGGAUUGAUCGAUAUGUUUAUUUCAGAAUUUAUAGAAACUCAACUCAGAAGUAAUACAGUUAGACAACAACAUAAAUUACAUGAGUUUCUAAUGAAAUAUCUUCGUAUAAGAAAUCAUUUAAUUAUCAACUCACACGAAUUGGAAACAUUGAAGAAAACUUGUAGGGAAACUCAAAAACGAUUAUGGUGUAUAGACAAAGCUUGUAUUACAGAAUCAGGUGAAUGUCAAGAUGGAAAUCCUGUUAGUGCUACACAUGAAUAUAACACUGCACACUUUAACAAACAAGCAUUACUGUCUCUAUCCCGAAAUUUAUCAACAAUAAAAGAAAUGUUGCAUAAUACCCAAGCACUGUACUGUUAUGAAGCAGAAUUAUUAAAAUUACAAAUAGAACAUUAUAUUCAAAGCGUGUGUGCCUCUUGCAAGGAGUUUACAAAUCUUCCUCAAAACGCACCCAUCAGCCUAGCAGCAGAACAAACACCUUCACAAUUAAUGCCACAAUUAAUGGAAAUAAGGAUGUGCAUAACUAUAUUGUUUUACUUUCAAAGAAAAUUAUUAAAGGAUGGAAAGUUUGUCACAGACACCAGAGAAUGGCUAACAAAACUAGUAGCAAUUUUUUUGAGAGUAGCAAACUGGCAAGAUCAUUUAUUUUUAUUAAAUCACAUCUUGAGGUGUCCUGGUGGAGUAAUGAAUUGGGCAAGCAGUUAUAUACAAAUGCCAACACCACAAGAAUUUGGUCAAUCAAAUAUAUCUCCAUUAAAUAAUCCAUAUUUAGAUCACAUAAUAGCUACAUUGGCUGUUAUUCUGCUACCAAUAAAGGAAAGGGAUAAAUUUCUUGAACAGGUGCAGACAUCACUACAUGAUACAGCGUGUAGUCCUGGAGAUACAGUUUGGGUAAUAUUAGAUCAAGAAGGAGAAGAAGACGAGGAUAUAACUAAUUCUGGCACAAGUUUAUUCGAAAAUGAUCUUAUUUCUUUGCUCAAUCAAAUUCCUUUUGACAAAGUAUUUAAAUAUGUGUUGUACAUACAGUGUCAGAAUGAAAGAUACCACCAGAACAAAAACUUGAUUACUCACCAUCACAUACUACGCCUAUUUGCAUUUUUUACAAUCACUGUUAAAAUCCUGAAACAAGGUUUAAAAACGUAUGAUUCUCCGAGAUAUAGACAAUUAGCUAAACGACUCUGUGCACUAAUUAGAGAUAUUGUACAGUAUGCUAGCGAUCAAUGGGAGGAAUUCGAUAAGAAUCAGCAUAUCGAUAAAUCUACAUUGCUAAAGCUACAAUUAGAAUUUGAUUAUUUCUUUUUAAGAGCAGUACUUUGCAUAUUUUCUUCACGUCGUUUGGGUGCAUGGCAAUAUUUAGCAACUGUCCCAUAUCACUUAAUAUCCUCUAAUACUUUGUGGCAAAUAUUUUAUAUACUGCAUACUGAUUCUUCACAAACUGAUGCCCAUAUGGUCGAUGUAGAUCUACAAAACUGGGAAGAUAAAUUAAAUUGCCCACAACUUCGCAAGCAAUUUGAAGAAAAGUUAUGCAAUCUGCCAGGAGAUGAAUCAUAUUUUCUUCUAACUACUUUUGCUAAUAUGGCUAUGGCAAGAAUUAACAAAGACUAUGACUUUGUAAAAGCAACAACGCUAGAUUUAUUUCAAAUUGGAUUUCUUAGUGGAAAAACGCAAGAUUCAUGUUUAAAAGAUGCACGAUCUCUGUUAUCAAAUUUGACGAACAAAUACCCGUCACUUCUAUCGGAUAUUUUGCACAAAUUAAAAGAUAACUUUGAAUCUGUCGGGAAGUUAAGUUUAUAUCUAUUCACCGAACUGAAACAGGAUAAGUGGAUUCCACAGGAACAAGACAUAACAAUUCUCUCGAAAUGGUUACACGAACAUCCCUUAACAUCAACUGAGAAUCAUUUAGCUCGUUUAAUCCUUUCUCAUUUGAAUUGGGGUUUCAACGAAAAUGGUGAUUUACAUCUUUCGAUUGAUUUACAUAGACGCAUAGCAUUGUUAAUUGUUGAACUCGCGAUGAAAUAUAUACGUGAUUCUCCUGUUGAAAGUUCAUCUUUAUUGGCAGAAGGUGUUAAACAGGUGUCAUCGAUAAUAAGGCCACAAAGUGCAGAACAGGUUUUCUCGCUGUGGGCAUGGGAAAUGGUUACUAAACUUAGAUUACAUCAACUGGAUCAGACUGAGACAAUCUGUCAACACACAUUAAUGAAUAUUCAAGAAGCAUUUGCACAUCUGCCUAAUAUGGAUUCUGACUCAUAUUUGGAAAUUUUAGUAACUGGUACUCUUGACAAACAACCGAUCGCAUGCUAUGUAGCAACAGUCAUGACAUUAUGGGGUCACUCUGUGCCCUUGAUAUGUUUAAAGGGUUUCAGUCAAUUACAGAUAUUACAGUCUCAUUAUAAAUAUGAACAAGUACUUAUAUGUUUACAUCAUAUUGUACCAUUGUUCUUGGAGUGUGUCGAUUCACUGCUAAAAAAUGAAAAAUUUAUUAAUCUGAUCAUUUCUUUAAUCGCGGCUGAUAGAACUUACAUGAACGUGGCAAAAAGUUUCAUAACCGCAGAGUUUCCUGGAACAAUACUAAAACAAUUUUCUAAUAUGAUACAUUCACAUUUACGUAACUAUAAAAGAUAUUCUCUACAAACUCCAAAGAAUUUCGUACAUUUGUGGUUAAAUGUACUUGUACUCGUACCAGAUUGGAAUAAAGAUCAAAGUGUAAUGUACUUGAUGGACACUGUGAUUAGCGUUGCAUUUUUCUAUGUUGAAGCAAAAACGACAGUGGAAAAUAUGUUUCAAAGUCUUUUUUCUACUACAACAUCCACUCGAAACGUGGUGGGAUCAUUGGGAUCAUUCUUAAACUGGGCAACCGGUUCUUCAAAUUCAGUAAGUCUGUUAGGAGGUUCUGUACAAUCGGUUUGGGUUGCUUAUCAAGUGUUGUCAGUUGAACAAUACAAUAGAGAAAUUAAAACUGGUCUGUGGCAUGAAAUUUUACGGGAAUUAUCCACGCAAAGUAAAAUAUCAUUGGAUGCAGCUAUCAAGAAAGCUUGUGCGACAGUAAAAAUGCAACCAUUUGGAGCUAAUGGAUUAUUUAUAUACCGUUGGUCUCAACAAGCAUUAGAUACUCCCAUGGAUCAUCCAAUGCUUCCUCUUCUAUGGCAAAAUUUUUUUGCUUUGUUCCUUGCAAGAGUUCCCACGACAACAAGAGUUAUCGAUCACGGAGGAAUUGGUGAAAAAUUUUUCGAAGGCAUGAUCAAUCUGAGUUAUUUGAAAAAAAUAAAAAAACGAUUACACGACACUACUACGUAUUUCCAAUUAAAAGGGGAAAAAGAUUUAGAGGAUGGGAAACCAAUCACCGAUGAAAGACGAACAUUUUAUUUUAAUGCAGCAAAAUUUUACAAAACAUUAAGUUUAUGGCUUGAGGAACCACGAAUACAAGAGCCAGGCUUUUACCUAUCAGCUUUGCCUCCUCAGUAUAUGGCACAGAAAUUAAUUUUACUUGUACAAGAGGAUUGGGCACCAUGGUUAGAAUAUGUUGAUUACUGGACGGUCGAACAAAAUCAAAUAAAGGCGGUCCACGAAUGGGAAUACUUAUGUCAUAGAGAUCAAGAGAAUCAAUUUCAAAACAGAAUAAAUGCAUCAACAAUUGCAUUCUUAGAAAUAGCUGAUCCGUUGCAAAGAAUUUUCAAAAGAUUCACUGCGUAUGAACAGCCUGUUCCACCGCCGUCUAUAAGUCGAAUUAAAAAAGUUCUGAAUUCUAUACCUAUAGAGAUUUUGUAUAAUUCAAAUUCAACUAUCGAUUUCGUCAAGCCUUACCUUAAAACCAUAUCAGAUUAUGCUCAGACAUACAACUUAUUGAUUUCCGAACACACAGCUGUAGAUUGCAGUUUUUUAGAAUUAGUGCCUACGCUUUAUCAAGAGAUUGAAAACCAAAUAACACUGCACGCAGUAUGUGAUUCAGUACCUACGAAUCAAAAACGAUCUAGAUCAGGAACACCGCCUACCGUCCAUUGUGCUGGUCCAGCAGUAAUUAGAGUUAAGGUAUCCGAAGCUCAUGUCAACGAUGGUAUUGAUAACGUAAUAACUCAGAACAGAGCAGAACAUGAAAAUUUGUUGAUAAAGGCUAGUCAGCCACCACCUAGUAAAGUUACUCAAGGAUGUGUAUUUGUAGAUCAUUUAAUUGCAAUGCUAGAACAUGAAGUAACUUUAAGUCGAACUAGUGAAAACACGACGAUGUUGUACAAAAUUCAAGAAAGCGGAGUUAAAUUGUUUUAUUAUCUCAUAGAAUGUUACACGGAAGAAGCAGCAUUGUGUCCUCCAACAAAACAGCUUAUUACAACUUGUAUAGAAAGACUGGGACAAUUAUUUAUCAGUGGAGAAGAAAGUCAAGGCCCACAGUUAUUAAAUACUAUAAUGCAUAGACCGAACCUUGGUGGUUUACUUGGACCAUAUUUUACACCUGUUGCUGGUGGCGCAUCCAAAUUUUUACAAAUGUAUCAGACAGUUGUUGAAUUAUCAACUGGAAAAAAUGUUGAUCUAUGUUUUGUAUUAUUAUCAAAAUUUGACAUUGGAAGCUGGUUAAAUUACAGACGUCCAAAAUUAAGUGAACGAUCGACAUUCAUAGAUCUGGUAUGCAGAGCUCUUUGUAAUAUGGGUCUGAAUCCUGAAGAAGAGAAAUUGAUAUUACACGAGCUAUUUAGAAAUCAUUUACGACUCGUUUUAUUACAUGAAUUUCCUGAGCAUUAUGGCGAAGUUUUAAGCGUUAUAUUAAAAUGCAGCGAAAGUCAAAAUUUGUCACUAGAUGUUUGGCGAGAUUUAUUAGGAACACUCAGUAGCAAACCAAAAAAUUCAUUUUCCAUUCAAUCGUCUAAAAUUAGAGAUGAAAUUCGUCACUAUGCCACUGAACAAAGACUUCUUUCUAGACAAGAGAUAUUCGAUACAGCUAUAUUAUUAAGUAGACAUUUCAUGCAAGAGCGUUUACAGUAUGGUCUUUAUGGAUUAUAUCCAAAAUACAGAAUCUACAACGAACCGUUAACUGUAUUUCUUGGUAUGGUAGGUCAUGCUCUUGUUGUGCUUACUCUUCAGUCCGAUAGAGGUUCUCUAGGAGUUCAAUUAUGUGAGAAAAUAUGGCCUGUGUUAAGUGACAUGUAUUCACCUUGGAUUACACCAUACUGGACACGUAAUUUAAAAGAACCAACGGCCGCAUGGAUUCAACAACUUACAGAUGACAGAUCGGUUUUGUUACCAUGGAUUAUCACAGAUGGCCCUUACGCUAACAAAAUUGUGGCAAUGUUUGUUGAAUGCGUCCGCUUCAUUAUUGAUACACUACCAACAUCUAGCAAAAUUUUAAGUUUCAUCUGGCAGUUCUAUGUUACUAAUUUUGCACACUGUUCGGUUAAAAACCACAUUUUAAAUGUCAUUCAUGGGAACUUUUUAUCAUUGCCGUGGGACCAUUUUUAUCCAGGAGUAAGUGACAUAGAACUAAUGAUCAAAGUUAUUGACCAAUAUUUACCAGAGAGUCAUUUAUUCCUUGGAAGUGUGUUCACUUGUGUAAAUUGGUCAAUUUGGAUGAACGAAUUUGUAGCAACACAACCGUUGGCAAUUGCGACAAGAAUCCACAUUUGUUUGUUAAAUUUAAUUGUGAAGUUAUCCACGGAACCGAAUGUUAGACAGAAUGACAGAGCAGUUCAAUUAAUUGCUGAAACUGAAAAAUUUUCGUGGCAUUUAUUGGAUGCAACUGCGUACGAUCAAGUAAUUAAUUGGCAUGUUAUGAGUUGUGAUCCAAGAGUUAUUCUCACCGGUGACAAUGACCAAUGUCAUCCUAUAGAUAUUGCUGUGAAUAAUCUGUUGAAGGUGUCAGCAGGAUAUAGUCCCUUCCUAACACAUUUUCAUGCAACUACUCUAAAAAAGAAACAAAUGUAUGUACGUGCAUCAAUAAAACUAUUAAUUAAUUGUACAACUAGACACAAAUCUUUAUUAUCUGCAAAUUCAAAAUUAGUUACUAAUACAUUGAUAAAAAUGUUAGAUGACAUGGAAGCUGUUAUCAUGAAUACUGUCUCAGAGUCCCAGCAAAUUGCAGAAGCGUGUUUGUUAAUAACCGAGUUAUUUCAUAAUAUGAAUCAGAGUGGUCUUUUAAUGGAAUAUCUUCGUAACAGUUGGACCUCAUGGUUGUUAAAAAGAACAGCUACAAAUCCAAUCCUCAUAGCUGUACUUAAAAUUAUAAACACAGCAAUUACUUCAUCAUCCAUACUUGGAGAACUAAUGGAAGCUGCGUUGGAAGCGUAUUUUAGAUUUAAUGCAUCUGAAGAAAUGCAGUCAACAUGGGCUUCAGUUUUAACUAUUUUGCAACCAACAGUAUCACGACAACCACCAUUGGAAACAAUAUUAGUUUCUGAAGGAAGAAUUCUUACCCUGUAUUCAGUUUUACUUAAACGACUACCAUUAUGCCAAGACAUAAAAGAAGAAGGAGAAUUUCUUAUAAAUCUAGUCGAUUGGAUUUCUGCUAUAAGACCAAUGGAUAUCAAUGAAGAGAAGCUCCCCCUGUUAUGGGCUAAAACGUGCGAAUUAGUGUAUAGGCAAUGUAAAUAUAAUGAAAAUACUGUUACUGCUGUUAAAGCUCUUAAAGGUUUAGCACGUAUAUUGUUAACGAUAGCUGACGAUGGAGGACAAACUUGGGGUAUAUUAGGGGCUAUUGGUUUUAAAAAAGGAUCUCAACUGUCUAUUAGGUGCAAGUUUUUGAGCCGUGCAAUAGGCGUAUAUUGUUUGGCACAAUUACCUGAAUCAAAAUCUGAGCAACAAUUAGUGAGGUACACCCCUCAAUCACCUGGAGUGGCACCUGUGAGAUCGACCGAUCCAGAUUCAAUGGAUAUUCGACCUAGCGCUGAGGCGAUCAAAGCCAUGCAGAGCUUGGAAAGGCUUUUGUUGAACAAGCAAUAUAUAGAACUUAAAGGAGACAUAGAACGUUCGAUCAGAUUGAUACGAGAUUCUGGUAAUUCGAUACAUAACGCAGUAACAGUUAUAGGUGUAUUAACUACGGAACUUUACAAUCAAAGAUAUUUACAUGUUUUAAUCGAGUAACCGGAAAAGUCUUUGCAU